UUUGUAAAGUGACUUGUCGCUGUCACUGUAUCCAAAUGCCACUUUUUCGGUCUUUACAGUUUCCGAUUGUCACUGCCGAUUGUCACAGAGUUCGAUCGCCACUACGAACUGUUCGAUUACAUCGUUGCACUGAUACCCGCACAAAUCACCGAGUUCAACGAUCGCGCGAUGAUAGCGAUCGCGGUUUCGUCUCGCACUUGUCGCGUACACGUAUCAAGAAAGAAAAUAAUACGAUGUGCGAAGCGGCGCGGGCGUAACCGAACGAUUCGACUGUCGCCGCGUGAAUGGCCCUGCGUAGGCGCCCGUAAACACCUCGGCCGAAAGCCGAGCGCGGAUUCCAAGAAAUGACGUAGCGCCGUGAACACCUCGGUCGAAAACAAUCUAUUGUGUCGAAUCGUUCGGCGCGGCGAAUGUUCCGCGUGUUUUUGUUUUUUUCCGCGCUCGGUUCUCGGCCGAGGUGUUUACGUCGCCGUACGCAGGAUCAUUCACGCGGCGACAGUCGAACCGUUCGGUCGCGCCCGCGCCGCUUCGCGUAUCGUACUUUAGUCUUUCGUGACGCGCGUUCGCGACGAGUGCGGGAAGACACCGCGAUCGUUGAAUUCCCGCGAGUCGCGGUGCGAGUUUAUUUCGCGUAAGAAUGUGGCGGCGAUGCAUUCUGAAACGCGCGCGGCGGGCGGCCGGCAAUUUCAGAUCGUCGUGCUCGGCCAAAUCUUUACACGCUAGUGCCGCGUCCGACGCCGAGGCGGCGCCAGCGUCACGUGACACCUGCCGCGGCGUCGCGUCCCCGACGUAUAUAUCGCGCGUCGGUCACGUAGACUUAGCCAGUUGCUCCAUCAGUUGCUCGAUAAGAUUCUAAUUAUUUCGGACGUUGAUCGUCGCAAACUCGCGCGGAUCGCUCGCCAAUUGGUGCGACAAACGCCCUGGAGUUCGCCGGUGCGAGGAAUAUCGGUCCGUCGUUUGCCAGCUGAUCUAACGGGCCGCUGAGGAUGACCGACGCGCCGCCGUCGGGCGCAGAAAGCACGGAGGAGUCCGGGAAACAAGACGAUCCUAUGAAGAGCUACGAGUUCGACGGGGAAACGUACAUCUACACCGACAAGGCGACGAACGUUACCUACAGGUUCGACCAGGAGAGCAACAAAUGGGUCGUGAAGGAGGAGAGCAAGGUGAGCUCCGACAGUAAGGAGAGCCUUAAGCACGACAGGAAAGAGCGAGCCGAUGGGUCGGAGAAGGGAGAUGACUCUGGCCCGGAUGCUGGCGCGGCGGAGUCUUUCGGCUUCGAGAACGACACGCACACUUACACGGACCCGAACGACGGCAGCGUCUACUUCUGGGACCGAGAGAAGAGCGCCUGGUUUCCGAAAGUCGACGAGGAUUUCAUGGCCAAGUACCAGAUGAGCUACGGUUUUACGGACGAGAGCGCGCCGGGGUCGAAACCGCCGGAGCCGACGCAGCCGCCGCCCUCGCAGCAGGCCAAGGCGGACAAGGAGCAGAGGAGACUGGAGGCCAAGCGGAAAACUCAGGAGCCGCCGACCUGGUUCGAGGUCGACGAGGCGCACAACACCGCCAUUUACGUAUCCGGCCUACCUUUGGACAUCAGCAUGGAAGAGCUCACGCAACUCUUCGCCAAGUGUGGCCUCAUAGCGAGGGACGAGAGGGGAAAGGACAAGAUCAAGCUGUACAGAGACGGCAACGGGGAGCCGAAGGGGGAUGCCCUCUGCACCUACAUCAAGGUGGAGUCGGUGGAUCUGGCGCUGAAAAUCUUGGACGGCUCGCAAAUCCGGGGGAAAACACUGUCGGUCCAGAGGGCGAAGUUCCAAAUGAAGGGCGCGUACGAUCCCGCGUUGAAGCCGAAGCGGAAAAAAAAGGAUAAGGACCGGCAGAAGAAGAUGCACGAAAAAUUGUUCGACUGGCGACCGGAGCGCAUGCGGGGCGAACCGCAGAAAUGCGAGAGGGUCGUCAUCAUAAAGAACCUUUUCACACCGGAGGAUUUCGACAGGGAAGUCCAGCUGCUCUUGGAAUACCAGCAGGAUAUUCGCUCCGAGUGCCUAAAGUGUGGCGAUGUCAGGAAAGUUGUUAUCUAUGACAGACAUCCCGAAGGAGUAGCGCAAGUGACAUUCCGAGAGCCGGCAGAGGCGCAAGCUUGCAUUCAGCUUCUGAACGGCCGUUGGUUCAGUCAGAGAAAGAUCUCGGCAGAGAUCUGGGACGGCAAGACCAAGUACAAAAUUACAGAGACUGACGCGGAGAUUGAAGCGCGAUUGGAAAGAUGGGAUAACUACUUGGAGCAAAGGGACGAGGAAAAGGGAAAGAAGGAGAAAGAGGCGAAGGGCAGCAACGAGGAACAAAAGGCGUCGCAAUGAGAAUGCAACCUGCGAUCGAUAGAAUUGUAAUUAUAUUUUGAAGAGUCUAUUUUCUUCAUUUCUCCCAAAGUCCUCACCAUAUUGCAUUUGAAUGUUGAGCUCGUACCUUUUCUUUUGGGCGUUUUAAUGAGAAUCCGGAUGAUUAAUCGAUCCUGUCACAACGUGGUUGAGAUUAUAAGUGGCUCGCUAUUUUCAUGGUUGAACCGGCGCUACUGUUGUAGUAGUGAUAUAUUGUUAGUUGUUGCAACAAUAAAGCUGUCUCUCCGA